AAGCACUGGGGGAGUUGCAGUGCGAAUUUGACUCUGACUGAGUAAAAGUUCGCCCGGGAUUUCCUUGUGGACCGUAGGACAGAUACACAAAAGCAUGGCAAACAAAGGACAGCAGCCUCCCUACCUUCACUUGGCAGAGCUGACCGCAUCCCAGUUCCUGGACAUCUGGAAACAUUUUGAUGCAGACGGAAAUGGCUACAUUGAGGGUAAGGAGCUUGAAAACUUCUUUAGUCAGCUGGAGAUUGCACGGAGAGGAGCUGGUGUGGACCCAUCAAAUGCAGCCUUUAAAGAGAAGAUGACAGAGUUCAUGCAUAAAUUCGACGAGAACAAAGAUGGCAGAAUUGAGAUGUCUGAGCUGGCUCAGAUCUUGCCCACAGAAGAGAACUUUCUCCUCUGCUUCAGACAGUUUGUGGGAUCCAGCACUGAAUUCAUGACUGCCUGGCGAAAAUACGACACAGACCGCAGCGGCUUCAUUGAGGCUAAUGAACUUAAGGGCUUCCUCUCUGACCUGCUAAAAAAGGCAAACAGACACUACGAUGACCAAAAAUUGCAGGAAUACACACAAACAAUACUCAAGAUGUUUGAUCUGAAUGGCGAUGGCAAACUGGGUCUGUCUGAAAUGGCGAGGCUUCUGCCGGUUCAGGAGAAUUUCUUGUUGAAGUUUCAAGGCGUCAGGCUGACUGCUGAGCAGUUCAACGCCAUCUUUGCAUACUAUGAUAAGGAUGGAAAUGGCUAUAUUGAUGAGCAGGAGCUGGAUGCUCUCCUGAAAGACCUCUAUGAGAAGAACAAUAAGGACGUGGACUCUAAGAGCCUGACUGGUUAUAAGCAAAGCAUCAUGGCACUGUCAGACGGGGGAAAACUGUACCGCACAGAGCUGGAAAUUGUCCUUUGCCGGGAGCCCAUGCUGUGAAUCGAAGCUUCCUGACCUCCAUCUCAGCUCUGUUCAAUACUGUAACCAAGUGCAUGUGCCGGGCACCCCAUUCCCCUCCCAUCCCCCUCUCUAAAU